CCCAAGGCAUAUGAAAGGGGUCUUCCUAGAAAGAAGAUCAUGUGAACCAUUCUGUUUCUUAAAGCCUUUGAACUUUCGUAACAUUUAACAAAAACAUUUGUACGUGUAUCUACAACAAUGUGUAUAUUAAGCUUUCUAGAUCUAUACAAUUAAGAAAGAUGCUUACCUGAAUAUAAAUGAAGUGUAACCUUUUAAUACUUUUAAUAUUCCAGAUGUCUGCUAUUGAAGAUUCAUUCUCCAAUGAGAAGCUAGGGCCUUAUACUAAGCCAAUAAGGGUGAAGAUCAUUGUACGUGAUGAAAAAAUAGUAACUUACACAAGUGGCACAGAGGAAAGGAAGUGUCUGACAGUUGUCUUUUGUGAUGGAGUGGCUUAUGCCAGUGGGUUAUGUUACAGACCUAAAGACUUUGCCAAGUUACAGCUAGGAAACUCGGUAGUUCUCUGAGAUGUGAUAAGAAAAAUGGAAGAAGGGCGCAGGACCAUUGUAUGGACAAGAACAAUGAAGGUCUCCCUGACCUCCCCAGCAAUGGCAGAGGAAGGCCGGGGCUUUCUGCAUCUUCCUGAUGCAGAAUACGUAAAUCUGAAAACAGCUUUGACAUCUCCAUUGAAGAAGAGGGUAUCAUUGAAGGGAAAGAUAGUGCAGGAAGAUGUUGAGGUUGUUAAGGCAAUACGGGGUGUUGAUACUGCAAGGAAGACAAUUUUUUGA